ACAGUAUCUCGCAGCAGAGCUCGGGGAAGCACCUCGAAGCGGAAAUUCCGAUUAUGCAGAGUGCAAUGUUUUUGGCUCUCCAGCACAACUGCAGCCCAAUGGAGAGGAGCGCCAGCAACUGCCAGAGCAAAGAAGAGAAAAAGGGGAAGAUGAAGAGAACCAUGUAAGUUAAAAGGCAAAAAUCCAAUGGGUGACCAUUAGAAAGGCAGAUUCUCUUUUAGGGAGAAGGGGCUACUUGUAAACCACAUUUCUUUUUUUGGAUCGGAAUGUUUCGUGCUGGAGCAAAGUUCUGCUCUUAAUGCUGGAGGUGGUAAAAGGGAUUCCCCCCGCGGAUGCUGUGCAUGCUUUUCUUCUGGUUUCGUUUUAUUUUCUUUUGUUUUUUGGUCGCAAGUUUAGGGAGUUAGGCGGAGCGGUUUUGGGUGAAGGGUUCUGUGCAGCUCAGAGGCUUGCACUGUCCGGCACCGGCGGAGCGUAGGCUAAGGCUUGCAGGUGUGAUUGAUUUUUGGGACAGGCAUGAAACAGUUCUGCAAAGGACCGUUAGGAAUGUCCUAGAGUGCUCUCUUACAGUUCAGCCUUAAGUUUCCUUACUGUUCUCAGCGAGGCUUAAUAGAAAACGUGUGUAGGGUGGCAGGAGUUUGCAGCGCCCCACAAGCUCCCAGGAAUUGCGGCUAAUACUCUUCCUAUGGGAAUGACUGGGUCUUAAAACUGCUUCGCUGUGCCUGGAUCGUCCUUCAUUCCAAGCCGUGUUGCGUUUCAGUCUUAACAAAGCGUGUUUUUGCAUGCACUUAAGCACCCAAGCUUCCCAUUGCCUCGGGAGUUUUGUAUUCCGGAUGGGAAAAGAAUCUCUUUGUGAAGUCUGAUCCGCAAACAUUCUGAAUGAAGAACUGAGAACUGGCGCGUAUGAGAGGCGAUCUAUCCUUUCAAAAGGGUCUUUCCAUUUGUUUUAGCGUGAGGAGGAAGUAUGCAAUUAAAGCAAAAGGCAGCUGAUGUUCGAAGCCUUGUGCUUUUUUUAAAAAAAACAAAAGUCACUAUUGUCUUCCAAAUAUUGUAGAGCAUGCCUGUUGAUCAAAAUCGAAAAACCUGUAAAUGGUAUCUGCUGCUUGGCAUGGUUUCAAAUGCAUUCUGGCUACAGGAUAGAGUUGCCAAGGUUGGCUUGGCUGUCCAUCUUCUGCAGAAUCAAUCGGGAUAUUUUGCAGUAUUGUACUAAUAUUAGAUCGGCUGCAGCAUGCAGAUAUUUUAUGGUACUGUAUUGAAAGCCCGAGUGAUAUUUCCAGAUACCAGGAAAGCGAGAUUCAGAACCUGAUCCAUUGUGUGUCCUCUUGUUAGGGUUAGUGGAAUUUACUACCAAGGAAGCAUGCAUAAGAUUCAUUUUACCAUUUGUCCUGCCAUUCUACUAACAGGGAGUCUGCAACUUAAUUCUCACAAGUCUAGCAUUUUGUGUGAAGGGAAAGAGGCAUGAGCAAGUAAUUUAAAAAAAAAAUAAUGAUUGCAUUGAACUCCCUAUUCUCAGAAUUUAUCUCUGAUCCUGCUGAAAUUGUUCUCGGUAAUUGGUCCUUGUUGUCUUGCAGAUGCAUUCAGCAAAUAAUGAAUAUGCAAGAACUAACUUGCAUGUGCUUUAAUGGGCCACCAGGGCUGAAGCAUAAUGCUUUUCAGUGAAAGUCUGUACAGAGAUAAAAGAAGUUAUUGGGCAUAAAUCGGGUGCUAGAUUAAAAUCUGGGAAUUUUGUUAAGCAAACAGAACUCAGUUUAUGUUAAUCAGCUGCAGAUUCAGACUUCUUUGCACUUUAAAAUCAAAGGGUACAGUUAGUUGAACUUGAUUUUUCUUUGUUUUCUUUUAGCAUGAAAGAUUGGAAAUCACGGCUGAGUUACUUCCUGCAGAACUCUUCCAGUUCUACCACUGCAAAGGCCAACAAGAAAGGGCAGCAAAAGGCAUUUCUUAGGUAUGCAUCUCACUUUUUCUCACCAGUGGAUAUUUUCAUUAUUUUUAAAAAUCUAUGCAAUAGGCAACCAAAGCAGUAAUAAUAAUCGUCCUAUUUUUCUCCUGUUUCUUCCAGGCCGUCUCCCGAGGAAGCCCAGCUAUGGUCGGAAGCAUUUGAUGAGCUGCUCGCUAACAAAUGUAAGUUCAUUUAAUGAGCAAGACAUUAACAGACAAGAAUAGUGGCUCCUUUUGUGAGGGUUCUCCUGGAAAAGAUGCUUUGCAAGAUAGGAAUUAGCUGUUCCCAUGGGCGUUUGUGGCUGCUUUGGGACCCAUAUUCAUAGAAAGCAUGAUUCUUUCCAGGCAUAACUCCACAGCGCUUCCCAUGGCAAGAGCUCUCCUGUUUUGCAGUUCCAUAACUAGCCUGUAUUUUUAGCUGGCCUAGCAUUCCUUUGGAACUAUGUAGGCUGGAGAAUAGACAUCUGCAGUGAAGAGAGCAGUUUCUUCCUGCACGUGGCAAGGCGGUGUGCUGAGCGGUGCUUGCACGCUGUAGGAAAAGUCUCGUUUAAAAGCCCUGCAAUUGAUCACACUAUGGGACAGUAAAGCAGUUGUGCGCAGAUUGUAGUGCACAGAUUCAGGCUCCACUAACCCUUAGUCUUGCACAUGCCGUGCAGAACAGCUGGGUGCUGUUAAAAAUCCAUUCUUGUAAUCUCCCGUGUACUUCUCUGGCUGAUUGCGAAAUGCCUUGAUGGGUGAUCCAGGUUUUUCCAAUAGGCACCUGCCAAGUAGCUGAUUAUUAUGGGGUGCCAACUGCCCUCCAACUUCAGUUAGUGUCCAUUACUGUUUGGACUUUCUGCGCCAUAUGCAGAUGUAGCACCACUGGCUUAAAAUGUAGCCUUUUCCACUAGAGCGCUGCAUUUAAAAAAGAGUCUCCGGGCUGCAAGGUGCCCAAUAUUCGUUCAGUUCAAAGCUCCUGCAAUAUUUAGGAGCCUUUAAUCGAUUUCGGUCAACUUUGGCUAAGGUCUCCUGCAGACAGUGCACUCUGAUGCCUGUAUCGUUGGUUAUAAUGAGUAAGAAACGCACCUGCCUUGUGCCUUGCUCUGAUGCACAUUUCUCAUUAAUAAGAUCCAUUUUUUGAUCUGUUCCUCUAUGAGCUCCUGUAUGGGAGCUCAGUUCACUCUGCAGCUAUGCCUUUACUUGCUAAGCUAAUGAAAAAAUGCAGACUUCUCAUUAGUUAUAUGGCAUUUGCUGCCAAGUGGACUCUUGAGUCAGCCUUUCCAUUGCAGAUACCUUCCAGAAGUUCCAUAAACAUCUAAAGAUUAAUACACAAUUUCAAAACGGCAGGAGAGAAAUUGUAGAAUGUUUUCCCUGCUUUCACUUUCAAGGCUUCUUGGAAAAGAACACAAGUUGCUUGAAAAAAUACAAUACAGAAUGUAAAAUUGACUGGUCACUUUAGAUUCCUCAUACUCUGGGUUUUUUUGUUUUUUUUAAGUGGGGGCGAGUUUUGGUACUUUUUAUUUAAAUGAUCCGAGGAAGUUGCAGAGUGAACAAGAGAGACGUAAUGCAUAUAUACACACAGCAUUCCUGGGAUGUUUUGAGCUAAUCCAUCUCUUUCACCUUCCUUUGUAGAUGGUCUGGCAGCGUUCAGAGCAUUCUUGAAAUCUGAGUUUUGUGAAGAGAACAUUGACUUCUGGCUGGCUUGUGAGGAUUUCAAGAAAACGAAGUCCCCACAGAAAAUGACUGCCAAGGCUAAGAAGAUUUACAGUGACUUUAUUGAAAAGGAAGCUCCCAAAGAGGUAAGCAAAACUUCCCAAGUUAUUUAUUUUUUUCACUCUCUCAUCACUUUCUAUUCCUUUCAGUGGCAUCAUUAGAAUUAGGAAUACUUAUUCCCAGGCUCAUUUGCUAGCCAUUUGACAUUUGUAAUUUACUCCCAGGAAAGAAAUCCACUUGAAAAACAACUGUAUCAUAACUGAGAAUCCACAAGAAAGUUUAGUCUUUAUAGCAUCCUUCCUCAAUAUGGUGGCUUCCAGAUAUUUUGGACUACAACUACCAAAAUACCUAAUUAUUGGGCAGGCUGGCUGGGGCUGAUGAGGUCUGAAGUCUAAAGUAUCUAGAGAACACCAGCUUGUGGGAAGGCUACUCUAUAAAUGCCUGCUCCAGAACUCUUAUUUAAAUCCAUACAGAUCUGGCAGUUCUGAUAUAUUGGUUUCCGUGUACAAUUCUCCUAGGGUUUUAGUCCAGAGUUCACAAUUGAAAGAAAAAUGCAACUUAAAAUAGGCCCUACAUGAUCUUAGGCUGUGAGAAGUGGACAUCACAUUCUCAUUAAGGUGAAGGCUAUGGGAAACUUAACACCAAAGGAUCUCCCAUACAUCCAAUUUUUAGGUAGCAUUUAAUAUAAGUAGCUGCAUACCACAACAAGGGACUUUACUGCAGAGUCUGUACACAGCAAAGCAUCAUGUUACACGACUGGUGCAAAGUAUUUUACUAGUAGAAAAAAGAGUAGCAUCAUUUACCCAGUUAAAAUCCCACUGGUAUUAAAACCACCGGCCCUAAUCUUGGCUACCAUGAGUCUGGUGGCUUUUUAGCUCCCCUUAAUCUGUACCAAAGGAAAAAUGCCACCACUCACAAGCUAUAUUCAUUCUACCGGUGUUCACAGUACAGAGGGAUAGGAGAAUUCUGCUCAUCCACAAAUUGCUUGGCCUUCUUGUGGAAAUAUAUGAGCAUGCUGGAACACAGUUCCUUGUUGCAAGAGGGGGUGCAAUGACUUUUGGCUUUGAUGACCUGCAAACAGUUAGGCCUAUAUGCAUUCCUGAAUUUCUCUGUCAGUUGCCAUUUGUCACAGCAGUUGAAUGCAGCCUCCAAAUUUAGAGGCAGUUUACCUGAGAUUAUUAGAUCCUGGGAGUAAGCAGCAGGUGAAGGUCACUCAUCUUUGGGAAUGUCUCAAGGCAGCUGGCUAGCCACUGUUGAGCAGAGGUUUAGGUUAAAUGAUUCCUUGGGUCUGAUCCGGAAUGGGCAAUUCAUGUUCUUUCUUUCCUUUAAUUUCAGAUCAACAUAGACUUUCAGACCAAAAAUACCAUUGCUCAGAACCUCCAAGAGGCUACAGACACUUGCUUCAGCACAGCCCAGAAGAGAGUCUAUAGCUUGAUGGAGAAUAAUGCCUAUCCACGGUUCCUGGAGUCUGAGUUUUACCAGGAGUUGUGUAAAAUGCCAAUCCAUAAGGAGCCUCAGGCGACAUGAACUCCAAGUCCGGGAGGGAAGAGGAAGCAAAACGGAAAAGAGUGCCAUUUUUUUUCCGUUAAGGAGGAAGCCCAUGUCUUUGCAGGCUGGAUGGACUGAAAUGAACUGACUGUGCAGGAGAUCUGCCCAAAUGUAACUUAUAUGUUUCCACGGAGGAUGGGCAUAUAUUGACUCUGGCAGUUCUCAGAUUACAGCACGCUGCAAUAAUAUAGUCCACAAGGAAAACCCAAGUGAAACUGCUGGCCAGUUACUAGGGAAAAUUCAUUAAAAAGAUGCUGUUGGCAAGGAGCGUCUUACGCAUUUUGGGUCAUCCAGAUCCAUCUAUCAACAUGGAUGCGUUGACACUCUUAAGCCAGAUAAGAUCAGCCUCCCUUGCUAAAAUAAAUAAGCUCUGGAGUAGCUCUGCGCAGACCAACUUUUUCUGGGACAUAGAAAAUGCUUUGAAUAUUUCGCUGUCUCUACUUUUCCUAAACAACUGGCAGCAUAUAAUAAUUUAUAGGGUUCCUCAUGCGGGUUCCCUACAGAGCUUGCAUCUCUGCACAGAUGUGCGACUGCUCAACAUAAAUUCUGACGUUAACUGUUAACAUUUCAUGCAGAGAUGACUGACUUAAAACAGAGCAUGCUGACUGGCUGGUUAACUGGGGUCAAAGUUUGCCUGCAUGAAGGUGCAGAUGGAGCAGAACUUAGCCCAGACUUAAAAUAACAGCUGUAGAUAUAUGUAUGUGUGUGUAGGUAGACUCUGGUUGUGUUGAACACUCCUACCCAUGCUGAAAGUACUGACUUGAGGACAAACUUCAGUGAAGUUGUCCUUUUGAAGAGCAGAUAUGUUUUAAUAAAUUAUUUUUAUUUUACUAGAA